GGCAUGUUUCCUCGCAACGGAUUCUACUGACUCUCGUGGGGAAUUCCGUGGUGCUGUAACUGUCGCUGAAAUUUAAAUUGCAUUCGGGAUUUCGCCAGAUUAACGUCGAUUCCCACCGGAAAAAUGUUCAGUGUUCCGAGCGGAUUCCUCUCGAGCGUGUUCCGAUACGUAGUGUUGACGGUUGUGCUACUCGUUUCCUUGCAGGUCCAAUAUGCCUGCAUGCUUGAUUAUAAUCUCAAUAAAUACUAUCUAAUUGCACUUAAAGAUGGAGAUAUACGGGAUGCCAUGAUUCUGGCUAAGGAGAACCACUGCAAGGUGGUGAAGCAGGUCAGAGGAUUCUCGAAUGUAUUCCUACUCGAGAGGUUACCAGCUUACAAUGGCAACUCAAAACGAUCGCAAUGGACGCAUAAUGAGGAGUUCAACGCAGAUCACCGUGUCCUUUGGGCUGCUCAACAGAAACCAAUCAAAAGGGAAAAACGAGACCACGUCUUUUUUCCGUUCGCCGAGUACUAUGAUGAAAUCAAGAUGAAUCAUUUGAAUGAUUUCCGCGAACCUUUAGAUUUCAAUGAUGAACUAUGGGAAAAACAGUGGUACAUGCAAAAGACCCCAAAUAAAACCGGUAUCAAGAAAUUAGACCUGAAUGUUCUACCAGUUUACGCCAAAGGAAUCACAGGCAAAGGUGUUCGGGUUGCAGUACUGGAUGAUGGGCUUGAAUUCGAUCACGAGGAUCUAAUAGAUAACUUUGAUCCAGAAAUUAGUUGGGAUUGCAACAAUGACUCUCCUGAUCCUCGGCCGGAUUACGCAGACUCAACCAAUCGACAUGGAACACGUUGUGCCGGUGAAAUUGCAAUGAUUGCGAAUAAUAAAAAGUGCGGCGUUGGGAUUGCCUUCAACGCUCGGAUUGGUGGAAUCAAAUUGUUGGAUAAUCUGCUCUACGAUUUUAUAGAAGGCAUGGCAUUGGGAUUUGCCUAUGACAAAGUUGAUAUUUACAGCUCUUCCUGGGGACCAACAGACAAUGGUAUGUCUUUGGAUAAACCAGGCGUUUUCGCGUCAAUGGCAUUGAAGCGAGGCGUGAAUGAGGGUCGAGGUGGAAAAGGAAGUAUCUAUGUUUGGGCUAGUGGUAAUGGUGGAAGUAAGAAUGAUAAUUGCAACUGUGACGGGUAUUGCACGAGCAUUUACACCAUCACCGUGGGAAGCGUCACCCAACGAGGCACUCUACCUUGGUACAGUGAAAAAUGCGCUUCAAUCCUUACGGUGACGUAUUCUUCUGGAACUUUAAGCGACAAAAUGAUUGCUACGACUGAUCUACGAAAUAGAUGCACCAUUGAGCAUACAGGAACAUCAGCUUCAGCUCCAUUAGCAGCUGGAAUAAUCGCACUAGGACUGGAAGCAAAUCCUGAACUCACCUGGAGAGAUGUUCAGCAUAUUAUUGUUAGGACGGCCGAUUCAAAUUCCUUGGAUAGUGAAGGAUGGAAUAAGAAUGGUGCCGGCCGUAACUAUAACAACCAAUUCGGAUUUGGGCUCAUGAACGCUGAUGCGCUUGUCUCAUUAGCGACAACUUGGAAAACAGUGCCACCAAAAUUUAUCGAGGAAUUUUUAGGUUACGAGAAUAUCACCGCCGAGCCAUAUGGAAAUAUAACUUCUAAUCGGAAAUCUGCCACAGUAUUCUUCGACGCAAAUUUUACAAACAUUCGCUAUUUGGAACACGUAGAGGUUAAAGUGAACAUCAUUAAUUUAGUACGUGGGAAAUUAGAAAUCUACCUCACCUCACCCUCGGGGAUGAGUGUUCCAAUUUUAGAGCAAAGAAAAAACGAUAAUUCUACGGAAGGUUUCCAGGACUGGGUUUUCAUGUCUGUAGCUACUUGGUCUGAAAAUCCCAGAGGAUUAUGGAGAAUAAAAAUUAUCGAUAACACCAAUGGGAUCGGCUAUCUAAAUGUUGGUAAAUGCACACUCAUGUUACAUGGAACCAUAAUCGAUCCAGAUGCUGUACAAAACGAUAGCCAAAAUGAGGAAAGUAUCAAUUUUUAUUCAGAUUUUGAUAAUACUAUCAGCGAGUCUUAAAUAUCUACAACAAAAAUAUUAAAGUAAAUGUUAAUGCAGAAAGCAGAAUUGUUGAAGGAAAAACAAAACAGCUCCCAGUCCCUAACAACUUUCAUAUUAUUUUCGACUUACAUAUGUAUUUCCCUAAAGUCAAUGUUGCUUGAAAUUGUUGUAAGUAAGCCUGAUCAAAUGAUAUGUAAAUAUGUAAUUAACUCAAUAAACUAGAGAUUAUACAAGUGCAUUCAAAUUCUAUUCGAGUAAGUAGCCCACAUGCGGACAAAAAUGGGAGGUCUAUUCGAUCAAGCCCCAAGGAUUCUCUGAUAUUCCAAGUUUAAUUCCCACAUUGACAGCGGCUAGACCUCUUCGCUUCAGCUUCAGUUGCAGGUGUUGUGAGAACUUCCAUUCAGCAAAAUGAAGCUCAUAGUGGAACGGACGAGAAUCGAGAGUGCAUCCAGACC